CCCUUUUAUACCUCCUUACUCAGCCAGCUGCCUGCAGCUCGCCAGUCGUCCUGUCCAGCCAGCGGGACUCUGAUUUUCUCCUCCAGACUUGGGCUCACAACCAUCUAAAGCAAGAUGUCUGAUGAAGAGAAAAAAAGGAGGGCAGCCACUGCCCGUCGGCAGCACCUGAAGAGUGCUAUGCUCCAGCUUGCUGCGACCGAAAUAGAAAAAGAAGCAGCUGCUAAAGAAGUGGAGAAGCAAAAUUACCUGGCAGAGCAUUGCCCUCCUCUGUCGCUCCCAGGAUCCAUGCAGGAACUUCAGGAGCUGUGCAAAAAGCUUCAUGCCAAGAUAGAGUCAGUGGAUGAGGAGAGAUAUGACACAGAGGUGAAGCUACAGAAGACUACCAAGGAGCUGGAAGACUUGAGCCAGAAGCUCUUUGACCUGCGGGGCAAGUUCAAGAGGCCACCCCUGCGCAGGGUGCGCAUGUCUGCCGAUGCGAUGCUGCGAGCCCUGCUGGGCUCCAAGCACAAGGUCUGCAUGGACCUCCGAGCCAACCUGAAGCAAGUCAAGAAGGAGGACACCGAGAAGGUACUCCUUCCCUCUCCCCUGUGCCCAUACAGCACUUGUCCCCUGUUUUUUGGGGCUCAUGUCUCCGUGUGUGAAGGGCCCUGCCUGGGUGGGUUCUCACCCCGGGGGGCACUGCUCACACCCCCCCCCCCCCCCCCCCCCCGGAGGAAGAACAUUGAGGAGAAGUCUGGCAUGGAGGGCAGGAAGAAGAUGUUCGAGGCUGGCGAGUCCUAAGCAUCUGCCUCUCCACACCCGUCCUCCACUCCCUCCUGUCCCCACCAACCCCCCAGGCUCAAGGGCACCAACUGGGUGCUGUUUCUGGUUUUGCGAAGAGCUGCGUCCUGGCAGCAGCAGUGUAAAUAAAGCUUUGGCAGGAGAGGCGGGUGUUGCCUGCCUGGGAGGCCGGACCCCAACCC